AUGUCGCAAAAGCAGCCAUUUCACGGAGUGCACAACGCCCCAGUCGACCCGCUGACGAUGUACUCGCAGCAGCUACAUGAUUAUACUCGGCAGCAAUGGCUCGAGGCACGUCGUCAGGCCGAGCGGGAGUCGGCCUCCAAGUCGCACCAGCAGAUGAACGAAAAGAAGCGUCGUCACCGUCGGUCACCGUCGGGUCAGCAGACGAAUGGGCAUUAA